AUGCAACCUGUGGCAAAAGCUUCUUCUUCUCCUGUUUCUUCUGGUGAAAAUUCCAUCACAACCAGGAAGAGGCAAAUGGGAAUGUGGCUGAGCCUUAGCCAACCUGGAAGCCAUGGCUAUGGCUGUUUAUACUGCAGCAAGAGGUUCAGCUCCGUUCAGGCUGUGGGAGGGCACCAGAAUGCUCACCGAACCGAGAGAGUCGAAUCGGAGAUGCGCCAGCUGAUCAUGAUGAAUAUGCGAGAGCGUGAAGAUGAAAAACGGAGGGAGAUUCAAGAGGGCAAGCGCGUCGAAAUCGCGCCUUCGACAGUGAUCACUGCAGCACUGCCAGGUGCCAUUGAUGGUGGAAUUGAGCCAAUUGACUUGGAGCUGCGCCUCAGCGUCGUUCCCCCAAAGAAGGUGGUGGAAAUCUGCGGGUUCAGGUCUACCGCGAGGGUAGAUGUUCGUGAUCAUGCCAUGCCUCUCAGAGCUGGUGGUGCUGGUGCAAGUGCAGGUGGUGGUGCUGGUGGUGGUGUUGGCUGGAACCGCGCCUUUGUGAACGGUGCUGGUGGUGAAUUUGCAGGUGCUACUGAUCAGUGGAUGAUGGCCAGGCUGCUCGCUUCCAAGACCUCCUCCAAGAAGGACAUGGAUCUCAAUCUUAAGCUUUGA